UUUGGCAAAUGUCCGGUCGAUAAAUAUCCGGGAAUAGCUCUCGAAUCGGUGUCCGACUCGAGCCGUUAUUUUGUGAUUCGUCUUCAGGACGACAACGGGAGGAACGCCUUCAUUGGCAUCGGUUUCACGGAUCGCGGCGACAGCUUUGACCUCAACGUCGCUCUUCAGGACCACUUCAAAGGAAUCCAAAAAGAGGAAGAGAUCGAGAAAGAGCCGCCACAAGACAGUCAACCGAAGCUGGACUUAGGCUUCAAAGACGGACAGACCAUAAAAGUGAAUCUCAAUAUCGCUAAAAGGAGUGGUUCGGGCAGCGCUUCGAGUCGACCGCGCGUCAAACCAGUCGGCGGUGGACUGAGUGGCGGUAUUUUACUGCCUCCGCCUCCCGGAGCCACUAAAGCGGGCCAAACGAAGACCACUCCAGCGGUCAAACCGACCGCAAACACAACCACAACGACUACUAAAAGCGAUAACGACUUCCUAUUAGACUUGGAGUCACUGUCUAUCGGUUCCACAGACACGACACCAAACGAUACGAAAACUAAUACAAGUAAUACGAACUCCAAUAGUAAUGAUCUGUUCGGCGAUUUUGAGUCAAUGGCCGCCCCGAAGGCCGCCGACACCAGUGCCGACCCUUGGGCUCAAUUCCAAUGAAUUGUGUCAAUCCAUUCAUUUAUAUUUAAUAUAAAAUUAUUUCAUUUAAUUUCAUUCAAUUCACUUAAAGACAGAUCUUUAAGUGUGAAUGUGUUUAACGAAUGAAAUGUAAAGACAUUUUAAUGGUAUUAUAAAUUUCUAAACUCAUAUCAAUAUACCG